AUGCCUCUGUCUGUGGAGGCCAUGGAGUUUCACGACUUGGAGCAGGGCAUUCAGCUGGGGCGCCUGGGAGCGGAGGCAUCCGGUUGGCUGGCCUUGCUGAAAAGCAAGGAGAAGUUUCAGAGUGUUUGCUUCUGGGGCAAGGUCUUUGGCUUGGCUGCGGAUUACUACGUGGCCUUCGGAGUGCGCAGCGGAGACUUCGAGUUCCCCUCGAAGCACUUCUUCUUUGCGGGCAAGGACUUCGCGUUUGCACCUCUGCAAGCGCCGACAGCGGAGGAGGCUGCGCGUAUUCUGGAGCUCUGCGGGGAGAAGCCUUUGACGGGCCUCGCGAGCAAGGAGCUGGAGCCGCCAAAGGAGGAGGAGCCGCCUGCGGACGAUCCUCCAGAUGGUGAGCCGGUGGAAGGCCCAAAGAAGCUCACGGAGGUCGACCGACUAGCGCAGCUUGUGCUGGAGAUCGACUUCGACACCUCUUGCGUUCCAAGAGGUGCCUACUGCAUUGACGAAGCCCACUCCAUCAAGUCCUCUAAGGACUUCAAGGGCCUGGGCUGCAUGGAUGCCCUGGCACUCACCAGUUACGUGCACUUCCGGGCCCCGGUGAGCAUCGCGGCGCUUCGCAGCCUAGCCCGCAAGGAUGCCCAGGUCUACAGUCCUCACAUCUUGGACGGCCUGGACAGCGACCAGCCGAAGGGCUGCUGGGCCUUGCGCAAGGAGCGGUCGGCGGUUUUCGGCUUCCUGGGCGCAGGGCAUGCCUUUGCAUUGAGCCUGGCCGUGCGGAGGAACUUGGCAAUUCGCAGCUUCCCGGCUCAGGUGUCGGGCACAAAGAAGUUCGGCGGUGCCUACUUUGGCUAUGCGCAGAAGGAGUUCGGCUUUGUCGCAGAUAUCCUGAGGGGCGCGCUGGGUUUCACCCAAGUCGGGAUGGAGAGGAGCACUGGGGGCUGCAAGGCACGGCGAAUCGUUGGCCAGGAGGAUUGGGUCUCCAUCUGGCCCGUGGGCCCCAAGCUGCAUGACUUCAAGGCUGCCCAAUGCCAGGCGGACGCGCAGCUUGCCACCUGCGGGCUCCUGCUGCAGUGCGCCCAGCGCACGGCGGAGGCGCUGAACAGCGCCGGGGCCGCCCUGCAGCGGGAGGUCAUGGGCACCUUGCAGCCGCUGGCUGCCAGCUUUCGUGCAGAGGGCAUGGGUGAGACAGAGGCGGAAGGUAGCAGCAGGUGCCUACUGGCUGCUUGCGAAGGCCUGGGAGCCACGCUGCUGACUCUUGCGGCGGUGCUCACAGGUGAGCUGUUGACGCCGCUGGUGGAGCUGCGCAAGAGCACCUCCCAGGCACAGCAGAACCUGCAGCAAGAGCUCGAGCGGCUCGAGCAGCGGGAGAGCUGA